CAUUAUCAAACAUAUUUUCUGAUUGCUACAAAAACAGAAAAACAAAACAGCUAAAACCAAUUUUCUUGUUUUUCAACGGAAACAAGGAAAGAAGUAUCAAAUGGCCCCUUUUAUUUUAUCCUGCUGCAUUUUGUGUUAUGAUGUGAUUCUGCAGCUCUUUCAAUCUUAUAUUUUAUCAUAUUUUUGGGGUAAAUUCUACAAUUCUUUUGUUGGUGACUGGUGAAUCCUUUCAGUAGUUCUGGUGAAUUUUGAGUGUUGUAUUGAUGAUAGUCAAUACUUUGACAUCAUUUUUUCUGCAUUUUGUAGGUGCAAACUUGUAUUCUGAACCCCUAAAACUCUCAUCCAUAUAUCUCUCUUUCUCUCUGAAGUAACAACUAACAACAAGAAAAUUCCUUUGCCCAUGGCGUCUGUAAAAGAGAUUCUAACUCGCAAGCCGAUGUCCACUACAAACCGGCUAACUGUUCCUGCUGGUGCUGCUCGACCAGCCGCACCUGUUAGUCCUGCCCUGGGUCCGUAUCAUCUUAACCAAAUGACCUUCUGCAAGGACUUCAAUGCUCGAACUCAGAAGUACAAACCUGACACCCCGAUGUCAGUUACCAUCACUGCUUUCAAAGAUAAGACAUUUGAAUUCACAGUUAAGUCUCCUUCUGUCAGUUGGUACCUCAAAAAGGCAGCUGGAAUCGACUCUGGUAGCAGUCGACCUGGCCAUGUUGUCGCAUCUGUUUUAACUCCGCAGCACAUAUAUGAGAUAGCUAAGAUAAAACAGUCUGAUCCUUAUUGUCGGUACAUGUCAUUGGAGGCUAUCUCCAUAUCAAUCAUUGGAGCUGCUAAUACUAUGGGCAUUAAGGUUCCGGAGGAAUUAGAUUGAUUCAAGAAUCUGGGUGUUUCCAUUGCGUUGAACACAUGAGAGUUUGACUUUAGGGGUAUCCUCCCAUU